AAAUUAAGUCUACACUGUUCAAACGAAACUCUGUUGUUGAUGGAAUCAAAUUCAAAAUAUUGCUGAAAUCCUCGUACAGUGUGUGUCUGCGGGAGUGUCUGUCGUUUACUGCGUGUGGGUCGGUGAACAUAUACCCAGCCGAUCUCCGCUGUGACCUCAUACUCCUGUCGUCCUCUGAGACAUCGAAUAAAAUAAUGGCCUCGACCGAUGGCGUCACCGUGAAUGCUGCUGAUAUACCAAAGGAGCUCGCCAGUUCCUGUCGGGAUCACAACUGUCCGGUGACUGACGUGUGUGUUGGUAUGACGUCAGGACACCACGUGUGUAUCAAUUACGAAUUCUGCAUCGGUGUGCCAUCAACAAUAAGUAAAACGACCUAUACCCUGGACUACUCCAGAGGAGUACCGACUGCUCUCUAUUCGUGUAUCUCUGGUGCUGGUUAUGUCGGAGGUGAUAAGACGUCUAUUUGCGAUCCCCUUACAAAAACGUGGAGUUUGGCAACAAUCGUCUGUUCUACAGAAUUGCCAGAUGCUUGUGGAGAUCCUCCUCCACUUUUGAAUACCAACACAUUUACACGUCCGUAUAAAGAGGACGCCUACAGAGCUAUUUACACGUGUCAAAACUACAGUGACCAGACUUUCACAGAUCACUGUCCAUUGACAAAGUGUACGGGCAUUGAACAGUGGACAUCCGGGGCUUCCAUAUCAUGUAGCAGUCUGGACUGCCAUACCAGUACAGUUUAUAACGGACAAAUAACAUGUACUGAAUCCGGACUGACCUGUCAACGCUGGGACCAGCAGACACCACACAGCCAUGGUUAUUUCACCAGUAGCGAUCUAAACAACUAUUGUAGGAUUUCGUCAGACACUACGGCGCCCUGGUGUUUCACUCUGGACCCCAGCAUCAGGUGGGAAUACUGCCCAGUACCCACCUGUUGAAAAUGCAGCUGGGAGAUCUACCAUCAGGAUGACGUAACCACUCUGUGAGACGGUGACCUCGGCUGGGGGUUCUACCAUUAGGAUGACAUGACUUUGUGAGACAGUGACGUCGACUAAGAGCGUUACGCUCAGGAGGACGUAACCAUUCUGAGACACUCAAAUACACUAUUUGUAACAGCUCUGUAUGCAAAACUUACCAGGCAGAAACAUGUAUCGUUAUCAAAAAACUAGAUAAAUGCUGCUAUUCUCGCGCUUAUUCUUGUUUUUGGUUUUGCUAAAUGUUUUUAUUUUCCUUUUGAAACAAAGCUUAGAGAAAAAUAAAGAAAUAUUAAUGAUAUAGUAAUAUAUAUUUAAUAAUAUAUUUCUGUAUACAAAGUCGACAUAUAUUGGAAUUUACAAGGUGCAAUUU